CGUUCAGAGAUCAAACCGACGCAUGAACGGAGAGAAAAAGGUGCCGGCGAACAAGAGGACAUGGCUGUGAACGUAUAUUCCACCUCAGUGACCAGCGACAAUCUGAGUCGACAUGAUAUGCUUGCAUGGAUCAAUGAGUCUUUACAGAUGAACUUCACUAAGAUUGAGCUUUUAUGUUCAGGUGCAGCAUACUGCCAAUUCAUGGACAUGCUCUUCCCUGGCUGCGUACCUUUGAAGAAAGUUAAAUUUGGUGCAAAAUUAGAGCAUGAAUACAUUCACAAUUUUAAGAUAUUGCAAGCUGCUUUCAAGAGAAUGGGAGUUGAUAAAAUAAUCCCGGUUGACAAAUUGGUGAAGGGCAAAUUUCAAGACAACUUUGAAUUUGUUCAGUGGUUUAAGAAAUUCUUUGAUGCCAACUACGAUGGGAAAGAUUAUGAUCCAGUGGAGGCACGACAGGGCCAGGACACCAUGCCUGCACCCACCCCAUCCAUGUCUGCCCUCAGCAAGCCCAAGAAGAUCAUAAAUGCAGCACCCCAGAGAGCAGCUGUUGCCAAGGUAACGCCCAAGAUGGCACCUAGCUCUGCACGAAGACCUGGUGCGGGUGGGGAUGAUGAAAGAGUGGAGCUUAUUCAGGAGUUAAACAUCUUAAAGUCUACGAUCCAGGACAUGGAGAAAGAGCGGGACUUUUAUUUUGGCAAACUGAGGAACAUUGAGCUGAUCUGUCAGGAAAAGGAGGGUGAGGGAGACACCACCCUGCAGAGGAUUGUGGAUAUUCUCUACGCCACCGAUGAGGGGUUUGUCAUACCAGAUGCUGAGUCAGAAGACCAGGAGGAGUUCUAAUACUCAUGACUUGUUGCAGUUUUACCCUCCUUUCACCCUCUCCAUUCCUCCCCUCUCCACAGAGUCAACCCCAUCCCACCACCACCUAACCUCACAGGCCUCCCACGUCAUGUUAUGCAUUUUGACUUUUCCGAACAAACUCCAUAUCGAAACCGUUGUGUCUGCUGAAGUGUGCAUAAAUGCACAUCAUAUUGGAAGAACUUUUUAAUGCCCUUAGACAUACCUGUUAUGAGAUGACUGACACGAUACUCCUGUUUUCUGUCUGUAAAAUACAAUCGCUAAUAUUGCUUUCUUCUUUUAGCAACUUCAGACACCUGCAAAUGUAUUUAUCUUAUUUUAUGUCUCGGAAAUGAUGUCUUGGCCACGUUGUCUGUAGUGAUUUUAUUGGUUGCAUCUCCCCCAACCCUGCAAUGGUACAUAUCUGUGAUGUUUAGAGCCAUACCUUACACUGACACAAAACUGAGGGACAAAAUAGCUAAAUUGUUAGUACAUUGCAAAGAUGUAUGCAGUGCUUCAUGCAAACCCCUCAGCCUGAGCACCCUCUUCCUAGUUUCCAAGGCGGGUAGCAGUCAUCACCACUCCAGUCUAUCCUUAGUGACUGUGCCUUAUAUACAGACUGUCUGGAGGGAGUGGACCCAGUGCGACAUUUGUCUGGUUUGUCUUUUGCUUGUUUUAUGGAUGUAGUGAUGUGUUGAAUACAGUCCAGCACGAGUCUGUUUUUGCUGUAAGUUGUAUGUUGUAACACUCAGCCAUUCUCUGUGGUUUGCAGUUAACAAGACACUACUGUAUUGUAGCACUCGCAGUUGCAUGAGCACAAUUUUGUUACUUUUUUCUUUUUCUUUUUGCUUUAAAGAAUUAUAUCCAUAUAAUCUUACUAGCCACUACAUUGGUGGACUCAAGGCCACAAUUUGACAAGAAAAACACUGCCCAUCUCUGCAUGGGCAAUGCAGAGUUUUCUACCUGUUUUUACUGCCUUAUAUUUAAUGUAUUUUUUUUUUUUCUCAUGGCAAAUGUUUGUAUUUCAGAUUAAAAGUUUAAAGUUUUCCUUUGUUUCUUUUUUUAAAUGUAGCAGCAGCAUAUUGAAUAACAUAUUGGCAUUACAAAUUAGACAAAAAUGUUCAAUCUUUGACUCUUUAAAACCGUUCCCCGAAUUAGCCAUAUUGCAUGCACAACACUAGAUUAAAAGCAAGAUUGCCUUGCUUUUAGUAAAAUAAUGUUGACUUAAUGGGAUGGUUCAUCCAAAAAUGAAAAUUCUUAAUUUACUCCCCCUUAUGCCAUCACAGAUGUGCAUGACCUUUCUUCUUCAUUUUUGUAUUUUUAGAAAAAUAUCUCUCUUAUGUAGGUCCAUACAAUGCAAAUGAAUUGAUUCCAAAGUAAUGAAGUGCAAAAAAGCACAUAAAGGUAGCAUAAAAGUAAUCCAUAAGACUUCAGUGGUUAAAUACCUGUCUUCAGAAGAGAUAUGACAGGUGUGGGUGAGAAACAAAUCUAUACCCUCCCUGCCCAGUAGGUGGCGAUUUGCAUGAAUAAUGCAAAUUGCUGAAAACAAAAAAGAAUGUGAAAGUGGAGAUUUAUACUAAAAAAGAUUUACAUUUUGAUCUGUUUUUCACCCACACCUAUAAUAUCACAUCACUUCUGAAGAUAUGGAUUAGACCACUGGAGUCUUAUGAAUUACUUUUAUGUUGCCUUUAUGUGCUUUUAGAGCUUCAAAAUUUCAUUUUUUUGUGAACUCCCCAAUUAAGGAGCUUUUUGGAAACAUUCAAUCUUUGUCCUUACUCGUGUACAUUUUUCUAAAAGACAUGCAUGCCAUUGGAUGCCUGUGCUCUGAAUGGAUCUGUAUAAGUUGCCUUUUUCUAAACCGUAACCACUCCAUUUAUGUAACGUUUGAUUGUUAGGAUUGUUCUGGAGGAAUUCAUUAUGAUACUAUGACUUUGGAUCACUGUGCCAUAAAUUGUUUUAUGUGCACAGACUGGUUAUCCUCAAAUAAUUUGAAGUUUUCUCUCUGUGUGUAGUUCUCAAUGUUGCAUUUUAAAUCAGUAGCACUUUCAAAACUGGAAAUCAGAGUUUUUAUUGGUGCUAUGAAAUACCUUGACUAAGAACUUGCCUGUUUGUGUUAGAAAAGUCUCUUUGCUGGGCUGUUUUGGAUCAUUGGAUUAGAAAUAUUCCUGUAGUUGGGAAGAUGCAACAUAGCUGGAUCAGUUCUGAAUGGAAAAGAAUAGGGAAAAAAAAGUCACACACAGUUUUGAACUUUCAUUUAUGAAUGUCAAAGAAAGACUAAUUCAAUGCACUGAGCUCAUGAAGGUGGAUGAAAGUAAAAAAAUAAAUAAAUAAAAAAAAGUGGAAGUACUGUGAAAGCAGGUACUGUUUGUGAAAUGCAGUAAUUCACUUUCCCUUCGGUUCAAUGUUCUGUGGCCUUUCAGAACAAUCUUUAGGGAAAGCACAUUGUGAGCCCAGCACUAUACCAAACUGUAUCUCUCCAUGUUUUUGUACUUGCAGGCUGUUCCACAUUUGUAACUAUUGCUGAAGUCCAUUUCUUACAAUAAAACAGGAUUUA